AUGAAUAGAGAUACAUUCUUCGAUUGGUUUCGUAAUAUUUUGCCCAUGCUAAAAGAUGGGGCUGUCAUAGUGAUGGACAAUGCCUCGUAUCAUAGCAUUAAAAUGGAAAAAUACCCAAAUAUGACGUGGAGAAAAAAUGAUAUGAUUACGUGGCUUGCCAGUAAGGGGGAAAAAGUGGAACCAUAUUUCGUGAAGGCGCAAUUAUUAGAGCUAGUUAAGAAGUAUAAGAAAGAACAGAAUUAUGUCAUUGAUGAAUACGCCAAGCAACAUGGCCAUGAAGUGUUGCGACUUCCCCCGUACCACUGUGAAUUAAACCCCAUCGAAUUAGCAUGGGGAUAUAUUAAAGAAUACGUCAGAGGACGUAACGUAACGUACAAGUUGCCAGACGUACGGCAACUGAUAUACGAAGCCAUCGAGAAUGUAUCUCCAGUGAUGUGGCAGAAUUUUAUUCGUCACGUAACAGGACAGGAAAAUAGACUCCAGGAAUUGGAUAACAUCACGGAUUCGAUGUUAGACGAUGGGGCUGAACGGGUGGACUCACCGGCCUCGUCGUCACACUCCGAAACCGACUCAAAGUAG